UAAUUUAAUAAUAAUUUUGUGAAAAAUGUUAACUCUUCAACCGAAAAAAGACGGCGGACCUAAUGCUAAAUUUUUUGAGUCCGCUGAAGUAUUAGCACAGCUUGAUGGAGUGAAGCAAUGGCUUUUGAAAAAUUGCAAAAAGUAUGUUACAACAGAUCCACCGACCAACAAAAGUUUGUCCACUUUGAUAAUUCAGUUAAUUCAAUUUCAAGAAGAUAAUCUUGGGAAAAAUGUCUCCAAGCCACCUAUGGCAAGGCUUCCCAUGAAAUGUUUUCUUGAUUUUAAACCAAAUGGAGGACUUUGUCAUAUAUUUGCGACAGCAUACAGAUUCAAACAGGAGCAAGGAUGGCGGAGAUUCGAUUUUCCUGUUGGAAAAUCAACCUCACGUUUAGAUCGUAUAAUAGAAAUGCUGAUAGCUAUUGAACGUUCUCUGAUCCAAAACCGAUGUAUAACUGUCCCAUGUGUUUACAUCAGACCCGAAAUAGACAAAGCAACAGCAUCGAAAGUAAAAGAAAACAUCCGUCGUCAUCAAGGUACUAUAGCUGAAAAUGAAGCCGAGGCUACCCACAUUAUUUAUCCACCAGUAGAUCCAAUGGAAGAAGAAUACGCCCGGCCAUGUUUACGUCGCGAUCGUUCUGUGCUUCUUCAUUGGUAUUAUUUCCCCGACAGUUACGACUCCUGGGUAAACUUUGAUUUGUCAUUCGAUUUUCCGGAAGGUGGAUUGGGUGGUCCAUCACCAAAGUCAACCUACAAAGUUUCUGCAACAUGGGCUCUUGAUCUCGAUCAGUACAACGAGUGGAUGAACGAAGAAGACUACGAGGUUGACGACAACGGACAAAAACGUAUUCAUAAAUACAGACUGUCUGUUGAAGAUAUGAUGGCGCCACCUUCAGCUCCUCCACCAGCCUCAGCUAAAAAACAAAAACGAAAAAGAUCUCCAAGCCCACCUCCAAAAAUAGGCAAACGUAAGAGUGGUCGUGGUCCAGCUGGCUUAGCUGGAACAUCAGCAGUUGCGACGCCCAAGAAAACUCGUGGGGGUGUAGACGAAGAGGAAGAUCUUACUCAAGGCAUGGAAGACCCACCAGCAGAGCCAAGAAUCGUCGAGGUGAUGUCUAAUCCCACAAAUGCUCCGCUUUCUGGAUCCGGUGGUGGUUCCACAGGAAGUCUUACAUCGAAUAAAAAGCAAGACAACGAACUGCAGCCUCUGAAAUCUGGUAACAUGGCGGAUCUCGACGAGCCAAUAGAGUCUGAGAAAGGAUCUCAGGGGACUCAAGACCGCGAAGAACGAGACACAAGCAAAGAACGCGGUGAUAAUGGAAAAGACGAACCUGAAGACAAUGUAACUGAGCAAACUCAUCAUAUUGUCGUUCCUAGUUAUUCUGCUUGGUUUGAUUACAACUCAAUUCACACGAUUGAAAAACGCGCGCUCUCAGAAUUCUUCAAUGGAAAAAAUAAAUCCAAGACUCCAGAGAUUUAUCUGGCUUACAGAAACUUUAUGAUCGACACUUACCGAUUAAAUCCAACCGAAUACAUAACUUCAACAGCAUGUCGGCGUAAUUUAGCUGGUGAUGUAUGUGCGAUAAUGCGCGUCCAUGCAUUUUUAGAACAAUGGGGAUUAAUUAACUAUCAAGUCGACGCUGAGUCGCGACCAACACCAAUGGGUCCACCGCCUACCUCGCACUUCCACGUGUUGUCUGAUACACCCUCUGGCCUGGCUCCAGUCAAUCCAAACCCACCAAAGACUCAGCAGCCGUCUGCUGCCAAGACUCUACUGGAUUUGGAGAAAAAACCAGUCGUAUCAGCGGAAGAGAAAGGAGCCGUGGGAGCUAUGGCUAAUUUCGGACUGAAGAUCGAUCAGUAUGCAAGAAAGCCUGCGGUUUUGAAAAAUAAACAAGCUGCUGGAGCGACUAGAGAUUGGACUGAGCAAGAAACUUUGCUUUUGCUUGAAGGAUUGGAGCUGCAUAAAGAUGACUGGAAUAAAGUAUGCGAGCAUGUGAGUUCACGGACCCAAGACGAGUGUAUUCUCCACUUUUUGCGUCUUCCUAUCGAAGAUCCUUACCUGGAAGAAGGUGGACCCGAAGGUCUAGGACCCUUGGCUUAUCAGCCGGUGCCUUUCUCAAAAGCUGGGAACCCGGUGAUGAGCACCGUAGCUUUUCUUGCGUCUGUUGUGGAUCCACGAGUUGCUGCUAGUGCUGCCAAAGCAGCCAUGGAAGAGUUUGCAGCUAUUAAAGAUCAAGUACCUGCAGCUCUUUUGGAUCAACAUCUGAAAAAUGUUCAAGCCAGCGCUAACGCUGACGGUAAAUUUGAUCCCGCAGCUGGAUUAGCUCAAUCUGGUAUUGCUGGUACUGGUCCACCAGAGCCACCAGAAGACGCUUCGGCUAGCUCGACUCCUGGUGCUACGGCAACUUCUCCAUCCGCCGCGACAUCCGAAGGGAAAAAAGACGAGAGUAUUGAAAAGAGAGAAGGCGAUGAAUCUAUACCUGCACCAAUUGUUCCCAAAAAAGAAGAGACAACUGAUACGGAGAGAAGCGAUCAGCCUGAAAAAAUGGACAUCGAUGUUAAAGAGUCUGACGCAGAGGCUAAAAAGAUUAAUGAUAAUCCAGAAGAAAUAGAAGCCAAGGAAAAGAAAGACAAAGUUGUUCGCGAUGCACAAUUGCAAUCUGCUGCAGCUGCUGCUUUGGCUGCUGCUGCGGUUAAAGCCAAACAUCUAGCAGCUGUUGAAGAACGCAAAAUAAAAUCACUGGUUGCUUUGUUAGUUGAAACUCAGAUGAAAAAAUUGGAGAUUAAACUCCGUCAUUUUGAAGAACUGGAGACCACGAUGGAGCGCGAACGCGAAGGACUCGAGUAUCAGAGACAGCAGCUUAUUACAGAGCGACAACAGUUUCAUUUAGAGCAAUUGAAAGCUGCUGAAUUCAGGGCUAGACAACAGGCUCAUCAACGGAUAGCCCAAGAACAACAACAGCAGCAACAGCAACAACAACAAGGCCAACAUCCAGCUUGGCAACCUGGAACUCAACCUCAGCCACCACAGCAGCAACCUCCUCAGCCCCAACCACCACCGCAACCACAACAGCAACAACCACCAAGUCCUCAAGCUCAACCACAACCGCCUCCUCACACGCCUCCGCAACAAGUGUAACUUGUAUCAAUUUAUAAAUGGAACAAAAUUUUAAA